GGGCAGUGCACAGCGCAGCUGGCGUUCAGUAUAGUGUUGUAUAGUUCACCAGACAGUAUUGAAACACAUGAUCGGGGAAUUUUUAUUUAGAAAAUGAUCAGUUAAUCAUACCUUCCCGCUCCUGUCCCAUUAAUCCAUUGUUGUUGAGUUGUUGAUUGUCGUGUAAAUGUAACUUUAGAUCACGUGGCAGGGUAGUUGUGUUUUUGUGUCACACAUGAACUGCAUUAUUAGCAAACAUGCACUGUUACAUCUGAUCAGGAAAGACACCUUUUCAUUAGUGGUAGAAACAGUAUUAUUGUUUAAACAAUACUUAAUGUAGAGGAGCUUAGUGAUAAACGGUGAUUGGUGUAAGUGUUGAUUAACAGUAGGAAAAUUACAAGUUAUGGUUGGUUGUGCGCUGGAACCGAAAAUGGCAGUACAUUGCGUGACGUUAUCGGAACUAGAAGAACGUAAACAAAAGCAACUUAAUGAAAACGGCGAUGUAGAAGAGGAUUGCAGCGAGAAAUUUCCAUCAGUGGGACCAAUGCUGACCUCGAAACUGGGAGGCUUUUGCAACCGAAAAUUUAUCUUCAAACGUCUGCCAAUUCUGCAAUGGUUGCCGGCGUAUGAAGCAAGAUUCCUGCUAGAAGAUAUCGUUGCUGGACUAUCUGUUGGUUUGACUGUGAUACCACAAGGGAUUGCUUUUGCUGUGAUGGCCAACCUGGAGCCCCAGUAUGGACUGUAUUCAGCAUUUAUGGGAUGCUUUGUAUACUGUGUGUUUGGAAGCUGCAAGGAUCUUACUAUCGGCCCAACGGCAAUCAUGGCACUUAUGGUGCAAGUUUACGUAGGCAGUCUUGGAGCAAACUUUGCCAUAUUGUUAACUUUUCUGACAGGAUGUAUUAUUUUAAUGCUUGGUUUACUAAACUUAGGAUUUUUGGUGCAAUUCAUAUCGAUGCCUGUGACUGCCGGUUUCACGUCUGCAGCGGCCAUAACGAUUGCAAGUGGACAGGUGAAAUCCCUGCUCGGAUUGCCAGGUCGGUCUAACGAAUUCGUCGAUUCAUGGAUCAAUGUGUAUGAACACAUUGGUCAAACUAAGCUGUGGGAUGCGGUGCUGGGAUUUACUACAAUUGGUGUACUUUUACUACUGCGAAGUUUGCGGAGCAAAUGGUCCCUAAUGGGUAAAUAUCUUGCACUUUCACGAAAUGCAGUCGUAGUCAUUGGAGGUGCAGCGUUGGCGUAUUACUGUUCUACCUUUGGAUCUAAACCUUUCUCCUUGACUGGAACGGUUACUCCAGGACUUCCUCCUAUAAAAUUGCCACCGUUUACCACAGUGCUUAAUAAUCAAACGCUCGCUUUUAAUGAAAUGACAUCAAUGCUCGGCUCAUCAAUCAUUGCACUUCCAUUGAUUGCUAUUCUGGAGACGAUUGCAAUCGUUAAAGCAUUUUCGAAGGGAAAGUCGAUUGACGCCUCACAGGAAUUAGUCGCACUGGGAAUGUGUAACAUUUUUGGAUCGCUUGUAUCGUCCAUGCCGAUCACCGGAUCGUUCACUAGAACGGCGGUGAACAAUAACAGCGGUGUCAGGACGCCUCUAGGUGGGAUAGUAACCGGUGUAUUAGUGCUGCUGUCUCUGGGUCUAUUAACCGACACCUUCUACUUUAUACCGAAAACCGUGCUGGCAGGGGUGAUGAUAGCUGCAAUGUUUUUCAUGAUAGAAUUUCAUGCGGCUUUAGAGAUAUGGCGAACAAAGAAGGUGGACAUAAUACCAUUUAUGGUGACUUUAGUUUCCUGUCUACUGCUUGGCUUGGAGUAUGGUAUGUUGAUUGGAAUAGCUUUGAAUAUCUGUUUUGUUCUAUACAUGACGUCAAGGCCUAACAUUGACCAGGCACUUCUUCGUACGAGUUCUGGCAUUGAGGCCAUGGUCGUGAAACCGGAUCAGAGCCUUAUCUAUUCGUCUAUUGAAUACCUGAAGCACGAAGUAGUAAAACGUACGGAUAAGACUCAAGUGACUACUGUGAUAAUCGACGGUAGCAAUGUCAGCUACGUCGAUUCUACGGCCGCAAAAAUCUUCUCAAGCACUAUUGAAGAAUUAGCGCUGAGAGGACGCACAGUAUUACUGUGGAACUGGAAUCGUUCGGUGAGGUGCACGUUGAUACGAUUAAACAAGGUACAAUUCCAUCCUCUAUUUAAGAAUGGAGGAUUAGAACAAUUAGACAAGGAAAUCUGUAACGAAAGCUUACCCUAGUAAAAAAAAUAUAGGUUCGUAUGUUCUUGUUUGAAGAAGAGCAAUAGUACAUAACAAAAGUGGCAAUAAGUCAGGUGAAAUUAACGUAAUUGCUGAAAACUCAGAAAAAAAGGUGAUUAUUGUUUAAUUCUUUACGACGUGUUUUAAAAGUUCUUAAAAAACUGUUUUGUUAGACACAAAAGCUUUGUCAAUAAUAAGACGUUAAAGGGGUCCUAGCUGUGCACGAAGCAUUAUUUUCGUUGGUUUCUUUUGUUUCGCUACAGUAUUGUGUGAAUAAGCUCACGCAUUAACAGUGUGUAAAAAUAAAAUAUUUUUCAAACGAUA